CAUAAGAGGGGCCCGCGGCUGGCAGCCCCACAUCGCCUGCUGCACACCAUGGCCUUCCUGUGGCUCGUGUCCUGCUUCGCCCUCCUGGGCUCCGCCUUCGGCUGCGGAGUCCCUGCCAUCCACCCCGUCCUGAGCGGUCUGUCCAGGAUCGUCAACGGUGAGGAUGCCAUCCCCGGCUCCUGGCCCUGGCAGGUGUCCCUGCAGGACAAAACCGGCUUCCACUUCUGCGGUGGUUCCCUCAUCAGCGAGAACUGGGUGGUGACCGCUGCCCACUGCGGUGUGAGAACCUCCCACCUGGUCGUGGCUGGCGAGUUUGACCAGGGCUCCGAUGCCGAGGACAUCCAGGUGCUGAAGAUCGCCCAGGUCUUCAAGAACCCCAAGUUCAACAUGUUCACCAUCAACAACGACAUCACCCUGCUGAAGCUGGCCACCCCCGCCCGCUUCUCCGAGACCGUGUCCGCCGUGUGCCUGCCCAGCGAGGCCGACAGCUUCCCCGCCGGCUCCGUGUGCGCCACCUCGGGCUGGGGCAAGACCAAGUACAACAAUGCCAACACCCCCGACAGGCUGCAGCAGGCCUCCCUGCCCCUGCUGGCCAACGACGAGUGCAAGAAGUUCUGGGGCAACAAGAUCACCGACCUGAUGGUGUGCGCCGGCGCCAGCGGCGUCUCCUCCUGCAUGGGUGACUCCGGCGGCCCCCUGGUCUGCCAGAAGGACGGCGCCUGGACCCUGGUGGGCAUCGUGUCCUGGGGCAGCGGCGUCUGCUCCACCUCCAUGCCCGGCGUGUACGCCCGCGUCACCGAGCUCAUGCCCUGGGUGCGCCAGAUCCUGGCCGACAACUAAGGCGGGGCUGCCCCUGCUCGCGAGCGCCCUCCUGCGCCUCACAUCGCAAUAAACUGACUUAAGCCCAG